UCUCUCUCUCUCUCUCUCUCUCUCUCUCCCCCAAAACCUGCAACCCCUAAUCUUCCUCCUCCUUCUUCUCCUCCUCCCUCUUCUUUCCCAAUCAAGCCAAAACCUCCCACGCCCUCCUGACCCUCUCAUUCCAUCACCGCCGCCGCAGAUCUCCGCUCAGAGGUGCUGGGAGAUCUGUGACCCCAAACCAAUGGACCCCGCCGCCUUGAAUAUCACUCUCAAGCUCGGACGAGAGCCAAGAGAUGAAGAAGAACGCGAGCCGGAGCCGGAGCCGGCGAAGACGAGCGAGAACAACAGCAACAGAGCCGCCGGCUUAUCCGCUUCUUCGUCGUCGGUGUCGUCGCCGCCCUCGUCUCCUUCCUCCUCCGACGAGAUUCUCGAGUCGCAUCUUAAGUCGCAGGAGCUCGUGCUCUACGACCCCGCCGGAGGUGGUGGUGGUGGUGCCGGUCGUGGGAAUAAGAACCUGAGCCCGAGUCCUAUAAGCUCCAUUUCUCCGGUGAGUACAGGCGCUAGGGUUUUGCCGUCGGUCGGGGCGUUCACCGUGCAGUGUGCUAAUUGCUUCAAGUGGAGGCUGAUCCCGACCAAGGAGCAGUAUGAGAAAAUCCGGGAGCAUAUUUUGGAGCAGCCGUUUUACUGUGAGACUGCCAAAGAAUGGCGGCCGUCGAUUUCGUGUGAUGAUCCGGCUGAUAUUAAUCAGGACGGGAGCCGGCUCUGGGCUAUUGAUAGGCCCAACAUUGCUCAGCCACCGCCCGGCUGGCAACGCCUGCUCAGGAUUCGGGGAGAAGGAAGCACCAAGUUCGCCGACGUUUAUUACCAAGCGCCGUCCGGGAAGAGACUUCGAUCCAUGGUGGAGGUGCAGAAGUAUUUGAUUGAGCAUCCCGAGUAUAUGGUGGAUGGGCUAUCUAUGGCACAGUUUUCCUUUCAGAUUCCGAGGCCUUUACAGGAGAAUUAUGUGAGGAAACGUCCUGCUGCUCCUCGUUUGACAGCUUCUCCACAUGGCAGUAGAACUCUUGAUCCUACAAUAGCAAAUCCGAUAGCAUGGGCUGGUCCAGAUGAUACAGAGUUACAGCUGGGUUCUCCAUACUUGGAGGCUCAUGUCUCUGACCCUGUUGGUCGACCAACAAAGAAGCGAGCCAAAACAAGAACUCCAUCAAGGGUCUACAAUAGUAAUUUAAAUAUAAGCACAGAGUCGAGCUAGACAGUCCUAUUCAACUAGUUUUUUUUUUUUUGCUCUCUCAUGUCUUAUCAACGCUUGUGUUGGCUUGCACUAUGCUACAUACACUAUCCGGCGAAGAAGAGGAAGGAUGUUGAAAUUGUGAGGAGUAAACAACAUUUUGGGGUCUAGGGCAUUUUGACAUGUUGUAGGUUGAUGCUAAUCUUAUGUAAAAAGUACGGGAAAAGAAAUUGCAGAUCCUAUGAAGAUGCAUACUUGUCAAUUGUGCUUGUGCAGUAGAGCACUCUUUUUUCUUGAUUGAAUAUGAAUUAUAUUAUUGCGUAGUGUAAUGUCUGCAGGGUUUUAUCGGACUUUGGAAACAAUUUUCUGUUUAUAUGGAGAAUCAACUGUGCGGGUUACUGUUGGA